AUGGCUGCAAGAGUGCUGCUCCAACGGCGCGCUGUGGCGACCCUGAUGUUGGGAGGUGUCGCUCUGACCCCAACCGCCCUCUUCGCCGAAUCGCCAGACGCAGCCCGUCACCGAAGGAAGCCCAUCUACGACGACUUUGACAUCACAGCGACCAAGGCUCUCCCCCCGCCUUCCGCCGCUACCGAGGAGCCCGCCGCGCCGUCCUCCUCCGUCGUCAGCACCCCCCUCCCAGUUACUAUUACUCAAGACCGAGACCACCGAGAACCUCACCAACCCCACGGCCCGAGCCCGACCGACAGGCUAGCCGUCCAGAUCGGCAAGGCCCGCCUCUUCCUCUACCGCCACGCCCUCCGCGCCGAAGACGCCGUCAACCGCACCAUGGACCGCGCCUUCCACCUCGAGCAGUCCUUCACCAACACCAUCGCCUCGCUCGCCCCGCCGCGGGAGAGCGGCGAGAAGCUCAUGCCGGGGACCAUCUACGUGCUCGUCGCCGCCAUGGCCGGCAGCAUCAUCACCCGCCGGAGCAACAUCCUGCUGCGCGCCACCGCCCCCGUCGCCCUCGGCGUCGGUACCGGGUGGACCGUCCUGCCCAUCACCAUGGGCAACGUCGGCGACCUGGCGUGGAAGUACGAGCAGCGGUUCCCCGUCGUGGCGGAGAACCACAUCAAGAUGCGGGAGGGCAUCGAGAGGGGUAUCAGCUUCGCCAAGGUGCACAGCGAGCUGGGCGUGCGGUAUGUGGAUGAGAAGGUCACGGAUGCACGGGAAACCGUCGAGUCCUGGGUGAAGAAGGGCAAAUAAAAAAGUGUGUUCAUUGAAGACACUGUACCAUUAGAUUUCGAUAGAUUCAGAAAACAUAUGUCUUCUUUGUUGUUACAUUUCGCUGGGAACAUUAAAUGCCAGUGGGAAGUC